UUUUCUUGCUUUCCCAUGUAAGUAUUUCAGCUUGCCAGCCGGGUCACCCUCCAUCUUUAACAUCUCAAAACACCGGCUUCUAGUUUGUAGACUCGUUGGAAGAUGGAUCGCGAAUUUCCGACACGGCUACCGCUGUCCGACGGCGAUGAUGCCGGCGAUUGCAGGAGGUCCUUGUGUAAUUCUGCCAUUCCCGAGCCUUGUCGUGUAGCCUUCGCCACCACUACCACUUUGGGUCCGUCUUCUACCUCGCGAUCCCGCUCGAGCAACGCAAGUGAAGACGACAGGGCCGCAUAUUCGGGGAUAGAACCGGUACUGGACUCGGUGGUCAAGGUUUUCACCGUCGUCAGCAGCCCCAACUACUUGCUGCCCUGGCAGAACAAGCCCCCUAGCGAUACUUGGGGUUCUGGAUUUGUCAUUCCUGGGAAAAGAAUUAUUACCAACGCUCAUGUAGUUGCAAACCAUACAUUCGUCCAAGUGAGAAAGCAUGGUUCGCCAACCAAGUUUAAGGCCCAUGUCCUUGCUGUUGGUCAUGAAUGUGACUUGGCCAUUCUGGUGGUGGACAGUCAAGAAUUCUGGGAGGGCAUGAGUUUCUUGGAGUUCGGGGAUAUCCCGUUCCUGCAAGAAGCUAUAGCUGUUGUUGGGUAUCCUCAAGGUGGGGACAAUAUUUCCAUAACCAAAGGCGUCGUCUCCAGAGUUGAGCCUACUAAAUAUGCACACGGAGCGACUAAACUUAUGGCAAUCCAAAUUGAUGCAGCUAUAAACUCGGGAAAUAGUGGGGGCCCUGCUCUCAUCGGUGAUAAAGUUGUCGGUGUAGCUUUCCAGAACCUAACCGAUUCUGAGAAUAUUGGAUACAUAAUUCCGGUUCCAGUAAUCAAACACUUCAUUUCUGGUGUUGAAGAAAGUGGAGAAUACCCAGGAUUAUGCUCCCUUGGCUUGCAUUACCAGCCAACUGAAAAUUCUCAACUGAGAAACCACUUCGGGAUGCUACCAGAAAUGACUGGAGUUCUUGUAAACAACAUCAAGCCUCUUUCAGAUGCUUAUAGGAUCCUCAAGAAGGAUGAUAUCAUCCUUGCGUUUGAUGGUGUGCCUGUGGCAAAUGACGGAACAAUUCCUUUCCGGAACAGAGAGCGCAUUGCAUUUGAUCAUUUGGCAUCCAUGAAGAAGCCCAAUGAAACGGCCUUAAUCAAAGUUCUUCGGGAUGGAAAACAGAAUGAAUUCAGCAUAACCCUCCGACCAUUGCAACAUUUAGUUCCAGUGCAUCAGUUUGACAAGCUUCCAAGUUAUUACAUAUUUGCGGGUCUGAUAUUCAUUCCACUCACCCAACCCUUCCUUGACGAAUAUGGUGAAAACUGGUAUUAUUACACAUCGCUUCGACGGUUGCGUGAACGUGCACUAAGGGAACUUCCAAGAAAUGCUGGCGAACAACUUGUUAUUCUUUCACAGGUCCUCAUGGAUGACAUCAAUGCGGGGUACGGAUGUCUUGCAAAAUUACAGGUGAGGAAGGUGAAUGGAAUUGAAAUUGAAAAUUUGAGCCAUCUGUACCGGCUUGUGGAGCACCACAACGGCGACAGCAUACGAUUUGAUUUGGAAGAUGAGAAGGUAAUUAUAUUCGACUAUCGUGAGGCUAAAAUUGCCACCUCUGCAAUUCUGAAGCGCCAUGGGAUACCCUCCGCUGCGUCGACCGAUCUCAUUGAUGAACAAAACAGCGAGGAAGACUUGGCUUGCCCCAUCUAAACAUUCUCUUGAGGCUUUAUAUAGCGCACUUAGGGUGUGCAUGGUUCGGCUUUUCAUUGGAAUAAAAAGACGGUUUGGUAAACUGUAACUGUAAUUGAAAAGUGCCGUGACUCUGGAGAAAUGUUGUUUGGUAAAUAUAUAUUUGAAAAGGCUUUUGGUAUUAUCAAUUUAAGUAUUUUAAUUUACUUUGUUCAAAA